AUGCAGGUCACUGAUGCCCCAUCUUACACGACGCUCGGGGAGGUGUUCAAGGGCGCCAAAAGUGUCGCCCUCGAAGGCCAACUCGAAUACAUCACCAAGGAGGGAGCCAUCUCUCUCAAACAGGAGAAAGCAAUGUAUAAGCAAGAAGCAUCACAGAUCAUCACCAAUGAGGCCACCAUCGACGGAGCAGUCAAGGAAAUCGACGACCCUUCCCCGGAGGCCAGGUGGUGCUUCCCGCCAAUGGCCGACCUGAAUAUCUGGGCUGAGAACCUCGCCGACAGGAAGAGCGAUAUUCAGACACUCAAGGCGUCCAUCGUUGAAGAGCGCAUGGUCCUCAAGAGCCUUCAAGCCGAUAUCGUGGCCAAGGAGAAAGAGGUGGCGGAGUUCGAAAAGCACAUCGACUCGCCCGCGACCUUCCCAGACGAUACCCCAGGUCCCAUCCUGGUGGUCAUAAAGGUCAUGACGGAAGCCAUGAAUCCGGCAAUCAGACGCAAGUUUGAGGAAAGGAAGACAGAGGUCGCAAUCAUGAAGGAGUUUGCCAGGCUCCUCACCAACCGGCACAACUUCGUCAUCGACCUCGCAAACAACCGCGAAAAGAUCAUCGAUCGCAGCAUCGCCAAGGUCGAGACCCUUAAGGCUCACUGUCGUACCCUAGGCCGCCACGACACAUAG